AUGGCAGAAAUCCCACCGGUGUCCCAACAUCGGACAGCAUUGGACCCCAUACCGGUAGGGCCAAAGCAAGGUCCUCCGGAUAUACAUUUCCGCAUCCACAGCAGAACAACAUCUCUCGAUGCCGCCCAACAACGUCAGAAAACGUCACGAGCCCCGGCGACGGCGCAGGUCCUUUCAACUUCGAGCCCAGCGCCACCCAGCGUGGUUCCUGAUUCCAUAGUGAAAGCUGAGCGCGGCGUAGCGCCGGAGGCGGAGGAGGACGUUGAAGCUGUGGGAAAGAUUCUGGAGGAGGAGCGUGUCAAGGGCUCGGUUAGUCUAAACCUAUCGGAACGGAAAUUGGCGCAACUGCCGCCCGAGAUACAGGCACUGGUGACGUUGGAAAGACUCGGACUAUCGAACAACCUUCUCGCCAGCCUCCCAUACGAAAUAACCGGCUUGACGCACUUGCGGUACCUCAACCUUCGUGCCAAUCAGUUUCGCGAGUUCCCUACGUGUAUAUGCGAGUUGCCGAGCCUAGAGAUCCUUGAUAUCAGCCGGAAUAAGCUCAAGGGGCUGCCUUCCUCUUUUGGAAAACUCAUGAACUUGAAAGUCUUGAGCGUCGCCCGGAAUAGGAUCCAAGUGCUACCGAAGUAUCUUGGGUCAAUGCCGCAGCUCAAAGUCUUGAAGAUUGAGCAUAAUCCGGUUCAAUGGCCGCCACCCGUCGUGGUGCAAUGCCCCCCCGACCUGCCGCAUGAGGUUUGGCUGCAGAAAUUCAAGGAAUACAUGACAGCCGUAGAUGGAUCUGCCAAUGCCGUUUCAUCGGAAAACAGAUUAUAUCAGAGUCCAGCGAAACGCCCAGAUUUCUUCACACAAGAACCACUUCUUGUUGAAACAGCGGUCCCAUCCAAAUCCGGUGCGUCAACAGGACAUGACUGGCCAGUUUCUCGGCAGGACUGUUUCGCGUUAUGGCAAGCGAAUGGAAGUCAUCUUCGCACGGACAUCAGAACGGGCGAAAUCAGGAAUGGGAUUCAGGAUCUCGGACUGAUCGAUGUCUCGCAACGGCUAGGCUACGUCUUCGCGAGACUGUAUAAGAUCUCGAAAGAGGUCUUGCGGGACACGGCCGCGUCGGGUUUCGAAUCCAGACAUCUCUGUGAAGGCAAGAUUGUAGUAUUUGCGCCAGAUGCAGCAGAUCGGCCCUCAAGCGCAGAAAUCAAGGACAGCAUUCUUUCCCUCUUGCGAUGCGGAAUCUCAACGAACGCAAUGCUGCUGAACAAUGUGGGAAACAUAGUUCGACACCUUGAGAUCCGCGAAGCGCGGUUCUUUCUUGCCGAAUGGUACGCUGCUGCGAACGAGCUUGCGGAAGUAACGGCGCUGUUCAAUAUCGGCAACGCGUCGGAGAAAAGCUACUGUGGCGAAGAGCUUGCACAAUCUGACCCAGACCCCUCACAGUCCGCUCCCUCAAACGACAUUGACCAACCUACAGCAAGCGUUCUCUACAUACGCUCCCUCCUCGCCAACGCAUGCACGGCUGCCUCGACCGCCCUCGAACACCUGCAAGACCUGCCGAACAGUAUACGCGAACGACAGCGGAGCGAUGUGGACGCAUCGGACGAGCAAUUGGGCGCUGAGAUGGAGUUGGCGGAUCGGUUGAGUGCGAGUAUGGCGAUUGUAAGGGAGGAUGUUGCGAGGGUUUCGGAGGUGGGGAGUGAGGUGGGGGAUGUGAAUGUGGGACGGGGGUUUGUGGAGGAUACGGGGAAAUUGGUCAAGGGUGUGACUGGAUUGACCGCUGUAGCGCGGUCGUUGGCUCUAAUGCAUCCGUUGGCCAAACCAUCCAUGAUGGCGUUACAUCAGCUUACACGCGCUACGAAGGAGCUUGCGAUGGGAAUGGCUGCAUGGAAGAGCGGGACGGUGGUGCUGCCUGCGUCGACGUCGGGACAGAUGGCAGCAUGA